UAGCUGAGUGAUCCUGCGGAAGUUAACAUGUCUGAGUCUAGGUUGCUUCAUCUGUAAAAUAAGAGUGAUGUCUCCUAGGAUUGUUAUGAAGAUUAUAAUGGCAUAACAUGGGCUAACAAUGGACACUCAGAAGGACGUUCAACCUCCAAAGCAGCAACCAAUGAUAUAUAUCUGUGGAGAAUGUCACACAGAAAAUGAAAUAAAAUCUAGGGAUCCAAUCAGAUGCAGAGAAUGUGGAUACAGAAUAAUGUACAAGAAAAGGACUAAAAGAUUGGUCGUUUUCGAUGCUCGAUGAAACCUGGGAAUUCAGAGGAAUGUCUUCACUUAUACUUAAUUUGCUCUCUCAAUGUUUCUAAUUGUUGUAUAGAUUUCGAUUUUGCAUACAGUAGUUUCCCCUUAUCUUCAGGGGAUGCAUCCCAAGGCCCCCAGUGGACUCCUGAAACCUCAGAUAGUACCAAACCUUUAUACACCUUUUUUCUAUAUAUACAUACCGAUGAUAAAGUGUAAUGUAUAAAUUAAGCAUAGCAAGAGAUUAAUAAAAUAGAACAAUGAUAACAUACUGUAAUAAAGUUAUAUGAAUGUGGUUGGUCUUUCUUGCUCUCAAAAUAUCUUCAUAUACAGUGUACAGUACUCACCUGUUUUUGGAUGUCGUUGACUACAGAUAACUGAAACCACAGAAAGGAAACUUGGAAUGAGUGAGGCACUGCUGUACUUAGGAAUACAACUAUAUACAUAUGAUUUUAUUUUUAAGACCAUAUUGUAUUUAUCUACUAAUAUUUUGUAUAAAGCUAUUUUUUGUUCCGUUACAUGACUUUUUGUUUUACUCUAUAUGUAAUCUGACACACAAUUAAGGGUAAAGUUGCUUACCCAAACCACACUUCUAAUCAAAACCUGGAAUCAUCUGCGGUGCUUGUUAAAAAUGCAAGUUUCUAGAACCCUCUGAAGUUGUGAUUAAAUAAAUUUAUUGGAAA